GCAGAGUUCAUUUUGUCGCAAUAUGAUGACGUUCCAGACGUCAUUAAUGCUUGCCAAAACACCAUAAAGUUGUGUAAAUGCCUGUUUGACCUUUCUUAUCAAGCCAGUGUAUCUAGCUAACGGCAAUGAACAUGUCUCUACUACGCGUAUGUGCUUCUACAUCGAUUUUUCGUGCGACCAAAGGGUUAUUCAUGGAGUCUGCUUUUACAGGAUGCUUGCGGACAGCAAGUGGAGCAGCUAAGGACAAGGAGCCACUGCGCAAGGCCAAAACCCCCCAGGGCCGCUUUGACAUGAAUGAUGAGAAGAUAAAGGAUCCCCUUGAAAAGUUCCCUGAUGAUGUGAACCCAGCCACUAAGGAGCAGGGGGGGCCCCGAGGCCCAGAACCCACGCGCUACGGGGACUGGGAGAGGAAGGGCCGCUGUGUCGACUUCUAGUUUCCAUUCCUGGUAUAUUACACAUGCGAUGUGGACAUACCUUAUCUAUAACUUAUGCAUCCAUGUCUGAGGAUUGUUGUGCAAGAGACCAGGAUUAGUACACCAUACUGAAUCAGUCUGGACUAUUUCCCCAUGAACCAUACAAUCUGAUUUGUAGUUUCACAUGUAUACACAUGUAGUCUGUAGAACAGUCUCACUUACUUUUUAUGGUGCAAUACUCACUUUGCACACUAUUGUCUUUGUUGAGAUGUAUGAUGAGGAUGAGACAUGAUGACCUAGUGAACAAUAAAGGCUGCUGAGGGAGGAUGGCUCUUAAUGGCUGAAAUGAAGUGAAUGGAAUGACAACCCCCCCCCCCCCCAAAAAAAGCUGUUUGAUUCCAUUUACUCCAUUCUGAACAAUUUUAUGAGCGAUUGUCAUGCAAGUUUAUUGCUUCCUCUACAGAGAUGUCAAUGUUGUGAAUAAAUGCAAUGUAAAAAAUUCUGGAGAUUACUCUGGCAUGUUUUUACUUUUUGAUUAUUGCUCAUUAUAUUGAGUCAUCGACAAUGCCUCUGAUCUGGUCAGUAUUCCUACAUUAGCCCCUGUCUCUUUUCACUCUACUCUCGUUCUCUUUCCUGCCUCUUGGUUGUUUAUUGAUUCUAUGUGUACUGUACAAUGAAGGGAAGCGCUCCUGCUCAGCGACACUCAUCAGGCAACCACCUGGCAUCCUGAGCGGCUCUUCUACGUCUUGUCUGACUGGCACACCCUUACCCUGUAACAUGUACUGAACAAAAAUAUAAAUGCAAAAAU